AUUAUUAAAGAUUUUCGACAGAAUACCGAUUGUAUUUGAUUCUAAAAAAUAUGCAGAAAAAUUCAGAGCCAACGAUUUCUUUUGCCGGCUGUGGAUUUUUGGGUAUUUAUCAUGUUGGAGUUGCAACUUGCUUGAAAGAGUAUGCACCUCAUUUAUUAAGUGGUAAAUUAUCAGGUGCUAGUGCUGGUUCUUUGGUAGCCUGUGCUUUAAUGUCUGGCUGUUGUUUAGGAGAGUGUACAUCGUUUACACUGAGAGCUGCAACCAUAGCUAGGCAGUCUUCAAUUGGACCCCUAAGCCCAAAAUUUAAUGCUAUGAGAUUAUUGCAUGACGGUCUAAGCGAGGUUCUACCAGAUAAUGCUCACCUUAUCUGCUCUGGGAAGCUCUUUAUAUCUUUAACAAGAGUUAAAGAUAAGAAGAACGUAAUUAUUUCAAAAUUUUACUCUAAAGAUGACUUAAUCGAGGCUUUAAUUUGCAGUGCCUUUGUCCCUUUCUACUGUGGACUUCUUCCGCCCUAUUUUAGAGGAGAAUGUUACGUUGAUGGUGGAUUGACGGUAAACAUUCCUGUAUUUGACGAAAAUACAAUUACGGUAUCACCAUUCGCUGGCGAAAGUGAUAUUUGCCCCGAAGAUCCUUCUUCAAAUUUCUGGCAUAUGAAUUUAUCGAAUACCAGUAUUCAAUUUACAUGCAGUAAUAUAUAUAGACUAAGCCAUGCCCUCUUCCCUCCCCAUCCAACGGUGCUAAGCGACAUGUGUCGUCAGGGAUUUGACGACGCUCUAACAUUCUUAAAAAAGAAUAAUUUCAUUAAUUGUCCUCGUCAUCUUGAAAUUCAAGCAACUUUCAUUCCCGAGGAGGAUGCAGAAGAAAAUAGCAGCAUUGAUGAGAAUGAUGGAGGUAAUGAUUGGAAUUUUGAUGAAAAUACAGAAGAGAACGAUGUUAAAGAGUGCCAUGAAUGUAAACAAAAGCAUAAAAUUGCUCUUCUCCAAAAUUUACCACCUACAGUUGUUCAUGCUUUACAAGCUGCUUGUGAUUCGGUAAAUAAGGGGCUAUUUGCACCUAUAUAUGGAUCAAAAAUAUACAAAGUUGUGUCUCUGCUUUCUUCACCAAUAACAGUUCCAGUCGAUCAUGUAUUAAACUUAGGCCAAAGGUUUCUAAAAUGGGCUCCCUAUUUACCUAAGGAAUUCCGAUGGUUCGUUUCUGAAUUUGUUGUACUAACAAGAUCGUUUAUUACAACAUUUCAAAACGGAGGUCAUCGAUAUAGCGCAAGAUUUAGCUGCCAAUUGGCGGUAAGUGAGUUAGAAAGUCAGGCAGCUCCUCGUCAUCGUCCUAUCGGUACUAGUCCACCUUACUUGAAGCCAUUGAAAGAGAAGAUAUCCACUGAAGCUGAAUCGUAUUCUGUUUCAAAUCUUGAGUGUUUUGAGGAUAAACCUCUCCAAGAAGGUACCUCCCUACCUGAUGUUCUGCAAGAUGCUAUAGUUCGCCAAAGACACCCAUCAGAUCCAAACGCUUACGAUACUUUCGAGAAUAGUGUAUUGAGAGAGGAACAAAUGGAAUCCAUUUUGACCUAUCAUUAUCAAGAUGAAGGGACAGUAAAAUACGAACAGAUAUUUAAAAUGUGCUCUGAUUAA